UAUUCUUCAGCAUAUGGUCAAAAGUCUUUGCUAGAGACCCAGACAAACAAACAAACAAACAAACAACAAAAUCCUUAAGCCUCCUCUCCCAGAUCACGCAGCCCCACCCCCACCUCCCACCUCCGCGCUUUCAGCCAACUUCCCAAGCUCGGAAAAGUGCGGCACAGGACACCGCUGCUGGGGUGGGUGGGGGGAACCUGCUGCUGGGAGAUGCGGCGGCUGCGGCGCAGCUGACUGCGACGCGGGAGCUCCGGGAGCGCCUCCGCGCAGAUAACUCUGCUCCAGAGACAACAAGUAUGAAUACCACAGACAAUGGUGUCAACUGUCUAUGUGCCAUAUGUGGGGACAGAGCGACGGGAAAACAUUAUGGGGCAUCAAGCUGUGAUGGGUGCAAGGGCUUCUUCAGACGCAGCAUACGCAAGAGUCACGUUUAUUCUUGCAGGUUCAGUCGGCAAUGUGUUGUUGACAAGGACAAAAGGAAUCAAUGUAGAUAUUGUCGAUUAAGAAAGUGUUUUAGAGCAGGAAUGAAAAAAGAAGCUGUGCAAAACGAACGCGAUAGAAUAAGCACCAGAAGAAGCACAUUUGAUGGCAGCAACAUCCCCUCCAUUAACACACUGGCACAAGCAGAAAUUCGGUCUCGCCAGAUCUCAGUGUCAAGCCCUGGCACAAGCACUGACAUAAAUAUUAAGAAGGUUGCAAGUAUCGGUGAUGUCUGUGAAUCUAUGAAGCAACAGCUCCUGGUCUUGGUGGAAUGGGCCAAAUAUAUUCCUGCCUUCUGUGAGUUACCGCUGGAUGACCAGGUGGCACUGUUGAGAGCUCACGCAGGGGAACAUUUACUGCUUGGAGCUACGAAGAGAUCCAUGGUGUAUAAAGAUAUUUUGCUUUUGGGGAACAACUAUGUAAUUCACCGCAACAGCAGUGAAGUUGAGAUCAGCCGUGUGGCCAACCGGGUUCUAGACGAGCUGGUACGACCAUUUCAAGAAAUUCAGAUUGAUGACAAUGAAUAUGCUUGUUUGAAGGCAAUCGUAUUUUUUGAUCCAGAUGCAAAAGGGCUAAGUGAUCCAGUAAAGAUUAAGAACAUGCGGUUCCAAGUGCAGCUCAGUUUGGAGGACUACAUCAACGACAGGCAGUACGACUCCCGGGGGAGGUUUGGAGAGCUACUUCUGCUCCUGCCCACGCUGCAGAGCAUCACUUGGCAAAUGAUUGAGCAAAUACAGUUCGUUAAACUUUUUGGGAUGGUUAAAAUUGACAAUCUACUUCAAGAAAUGUUACUGGGUGGUGCUUCUAAUGACGCUAGUCAUCUCCAUCAUCCCAUGCAUCCACAUUUGUCUCAAGAUCCAUUAACUGGACAAACUAUACUUUUAGGUCCCAUGUCAACACUGGUUCAUACGGACCAGAUCUCAACUCCUGAGACCCCACUCCCUUCCCCACCACAAGGCUCUGGACAAGAACAGUACAAAAUAGGCGCCAACCAAGCUUCAGUGAUUUCACACCAGCCUCUCUCCAAACAAAAGCAAUUGUGAGAAUGUGUUUACUCCUGAGCGGCACUUCGUAAAUGUGAAAGCUUGUUGGUCUUGAAAUAACUCAGGAUAGUACUUUCGGCAAACUCUUGGCCAAGGUUUCUUCAUGGUGCUGUUAUAAGAUGGUAUCCUGUUUUUUUUUGUUUAUAGUCUCAUUUUGUUUGUUGUCACUAUUGUUUAAAACUUGCCAAUACAAGCAGUAUAUAUCUGAGUUUCCAUAUGUUUGUAUAGUGUAUUUUUCCAGCUUCCUUCCCUUGCACUGUUCCUGAACUAGUUGAAUCUUAUGUACUACUUUCAUUUGUUUGUCUUGAUAUUAAUUUAAAUCUGUAAAUAAUUGCUUCAUUGUGAUGUGAUGCAGAAUUAAGUGUUCUUUUUUUGACCAGAACAGUAGAUCAGCAACUCCAGAUUAAUGUAAAAUGAACCAAGGUGUUUUUUUUUUUGUCAGUUUUAAACUUGCAAAUUAGAAAAUUAAAGCAGUUGCUAUAGAACAGGAAAUAUUUCUUUGAAGAAGAAUCGCUUCUGGAUAUCCUGUGGCUAAGAAGCAUCUUUCUGGCUCACAGUUAAAUAUGCCUAUAUUUAGCUUAGGAAAUCAUAAGUAGCCAUUCCAAGGAUGACUGGCUAGUCCUUGUAAUCUGCCUCUAUUUGAAGAUGUAUCUUGAGAUAAAACAUGUUUGCUUUACCGGUUAGGACAUAGGAUAAAUGGUUAAAAAAAAAAAAAGGAAAACCUUAAAACAGUGGCUCCACCAAGAGACAUUGAUUUUCUGUCCUAAAACAAUCUAGAAGUAGUCAUCCAUUGACUAGAACUUAGCGUGUGCUCGCAUCCGGUUCCCAGGGAGAUUCAUUUUUAGCGAGCCCUUUAACUUAUCUGCAUACACUUACUAAACAAGUUUGUUUUGGAAAUUAUUGCUAACGAUUUUGUUUUAAUAACUAUGGUCAGGGAAUUUUUAAUAUAAUAUUUUUGUAUACUUAACUGCCAAAAAUGCUGGACAAAGAGGAAUGGAAGUUUUCAGCAUAUUUUCCAAAUAUUGAUAACGAAACUUAUUGCUUUUAUAUAGCACAAAACUUUUUUUAGGUAAUAAAUAUGAAUAAUUUAUUGUGAAAUAGUGAUUCAUUUUAUAAAUGUAAAAUUAUUUUUAUAAAUUUUAUUGUUGAAAAUCAAAGUUUACUAAAUUUUGUAAGUGUUAAAUUAUAGUGAGAUUAAAAUAUUUCUAAACUGUGAUAUGUUGUUUCACUGAACUUUCUAAAUAAAAAUUGAGAAAAAACCUGAA